AUGGGUUGGUCUCAGCAUCUGUUUCGUUCCUUGCGGAGAGUAUUGUCAAAGGAAGUGAAACAACACGUGGGCACGGACCAGUUCGGGAACAACUACUACUAUAUCCCGGAGUACAAGAAUUGGAGAGGACAAACUAUUCGAGAGAAAAGAAUUGUAGAAGCAGUGCAGAAAAAAGAAGAAGACUAUGAAAUAGGGGAUAUCCCAACAGAGUGGGAAG